UUUUUUUUAAUUCAACGAUUUGUUAAUUUAAUUCUUGUGUGAGGCGUAAAUCAUCCAACGAAACCAUGGCGGACAAACUGCAGGAACAGAGCAUAAUGGACAAGUCCAUGCGCUCAGUAUUCGUGGGGAACAUCCCAUACGAGGCCACGGAAGAGAAGCUCAAGGAAAUUUUCAGCGAAGUCGGCCCGGUUUUGUCACUCAAACUCGUGUUUGAUCGGGAGAGCGGAAAGCCCAAGGGGUUCGGCUUUUGCGAGUACAAGGAUCAGGAGACCGCCCUAAGCGCCAUGCGCAACCUCAAUGGCUACGAGAUCGGGGGACGGACGUUGCGUGUGGACAACGCCUGUACGGAAAAGUCGCGAAUGGAGAUGCAGCAGCUGCUGCAAGGGCCCCAAGUGGAGAAUCCGUACGGGGAGCCCUGCGAGCCCGAGGACGCACCAGAGCUGAUUACGAAGACGGUUGCUUCGUUGCCGCCAGAGCAGAUGUACGAGCUAAUGAAGCAGAUGAAGCUCUGCAUUGUCAGCAAUCCAUCCGAGGCUCGCCAAAUGCUUAUGCUGAACCCCCAACUGGCGUACGCCCUGCUCCAGGCAAUGGUGGUGAUGCGUAUCGUGGACCCGCAGCAGGCGCUGGGCAUGCUCUUCAAGGCUAACCAGAUGCCGCCCGUGCUGGGCGGCAGUGCCCACCCGAAUGCGCCGAGUAGCAUGUCCAUGGCUCAACAGCAGCAGCAACAGCAGAUUCCACAGCAACAACCGACACAGCCUGGUCCCGUGAGUGGUCCCGGACCAAUGCAGCCGAUGCCGGUGCCCGGCCCGAACUUCAACAAUGUACACUCCAACGACAUUGAUCUGCGUAUGGGUCCCAGCGGGCCCAUGCCCAUGGAUCCUCGCAUGAUGGCCCGCAACUUGGACCAGGAUAUGCGCCAGGUGAUGCCGAAUCCGGUGCCCCCACCACUAAUGGACCCCCGGACUCGCGCCCAAAUGCCUGCUCAGCAGCAGGGACCUGCUCCGGCGCCGGCUCCGUAUCCAAGCGAUCCGCGCCAACGCCCCAUGGAUCCGCGGCUGCGAGCCGGACCCGUGCAGCCGCCACAGCAAGUGGCGCCCCAGGUGCCGCCGCCAACACAGCAGCAGCAAACCGCAGCCCAGCAGCUACAGAGUCGUCUGGGCGCCCAUGGGGUCUUGCCCUCGGACGCUUCCGACCAGGACAAGGCCGCACUAAUCAUGCAGGUGCUGCAGCUGUCCGACGAGCAGAUUGCCCAGCUGCCAUCGGAGCAGCGGGCCAGCAUCCUGAUGCUCAAGGAACAGAUUGCUAAGAGCACUCAGCGUUAAUCGCCGCCGAAUAUCCUCUAUACAUGUUUUAUUUUGACUGGAAACCGAAUAAAAAGAGCAUUCGCACA